CCCUAACGAUAGAUACUAGAUAGCCUCCUACUCCCGCUCUGCAAAACCCUCCUCACAACUCGCUAACACAGUAAUGGAUCGUCAUCGACGCACCAAUGAGAGUCAGAAUGCCAAAAGCACCGGUAGCAAUAAUCCCAACAAAAGACCUCCGGCGAAGAUCAGGUUUGAGUCCGAAGACGAUGAUGAUAGAUUCCAGGACGACGAAACCCUGGGAGAAACAGCCACCGAAAGUUCCAACAUUGAGGAAGAUUUCGCUAUGUUCGAGCCUGACCCCGAUGACGCCAAUGUCAUCGGCGCCGACAAAACUAGCGCCGAUUACUACUUCGAUUCCUACUCUCACUUCGGGAUUCACGAAGAAAUGUUGAAGGAUGUUGUAAGGACUAAAACAUACCAAAAUGUCAUCUAUAAAAAUAGCUUUCUUUUUAGGGAUAAGGUAGUUCUUGAUGUGGGUGCUGGGACUGGAAUCCUCUCACUGUUUUGUGCAAAAGUUGGAGCAAAACAUGUCUAUGCCAUUGAAUGCUCCAGUAUGGCUGACAUGGCGCGAGAGAUUGUGAAACUCAAUGGAUUUGCAGAUGUUAUAACUGUUAUUAAGGGGAAGGUUGAAGAGAUAGAGCUUCCAGUUACCCAAGUCGAUGUAAUUAUUUCAGAGUGGAUGGGAUACUUUUUACUCUACGAAAACAUGCUGGACACUGUACUAUAUGCGCGUAACAAGUGGCUAGUUGCAGAUGGACUUGUGUUGCCCGAUAAAGCUACUCUCUAUCUCACCGCAAUAGAAGAUGCAGAUUACAAGGAAGACAAGAUUGAAUUUUGGAACAAUGUAUAUGGCUUUGAUAUGAGCUGCAUCAGGAAGCAGUCCAUCAUGGAACCACUUGUUGACACAGUGGAUCAGAAUCAGAUUGUUACAAAUUGCCAGAUGCUUAAGACAAUGGACAUAUCUAAGAUGGCCACAGGCGAUGCUUCUUUCACGGCUCCUUUCAAGCUUGUCGCAGAACGGAAUGACUACAUCCAUGCUCUUGUAGCUUAUUUUGAUGUGUCAUUUACAAAGUGCCAUAAAUUGAUGGGCUUCUCAACAGGGCCAAAAUCACGAGCCACACAUUGGAAACAAACUGUUCUGUACCUUGAAGAUGUGCUGACAGUUUGCCAAGGAGAAUCCAUAGUGGGAAGCAUGACAGUGGCCCCUAACAAGAAGAAUCCCCGUGAUGUGGAUAUAAUGCUCAAAUAUUCAAUAAAUGGUCGACGCUGUCAGGCCUCAAGGACUCAGUUUUACCGGAUGCGUUAGUAGUUUGGCGCUCAUAUGCUCAAAGUUGGUUCUCGUUCUUCCUGCUUCUUUCUUUGCUCUAUGGGUUGAGAUGCAAAGGAUAAUCUACAGUGCAUUAUGUCAGCGUGGAUUGCUGCACGCUCUAGCCUGCUUUCAUGCGUGAAGCAGGAUCCUUGUGAUUGUAACUUGGAUUGUCGAGGAUUCAACUUGACAGUGUAUUCUUAUUCUUUAAAGUUUGGAAAUUCAUAAUGUUGCUUGUGCUCGUUUAGGAAUCUGUGUGUUUCUGAAAGAAAUUUUAGUAGGCGGCAGCCCCUGAUCGUGGUUCUAAUUCUACUUUACUUUUUGUGAUUGAGGGAUUUAGGUGGACUUGGAUUUUGAAUCCACAUCUUGUUUGGAUAGCUUAGAAGGGAUUUGGAUAUUAAAUCCGGUCAGAAUUGAAGCGUUCA